CUCUGUCCUCGUCGUCGUCCCUCUCGUCUCCUCUUCCCCUCCCCUCUCCCCGCCCUCCUCCCGCUGCUGCUGCUCGUCGCCCUCCUGGGGGGGUGCUCGCGGACUUCGACCCGAACUUCUUCUGCGAGUUGGCCUACGAGGGCUUCAACCCCACCAGGAGGCGUCGAGAUCCCUUCGGACAACGGCCUGAUGAUCCAGGUGCUGACACCCUGCUUCGAGAGAGGAACAUCCUGGACUGCCUCGAGGUCCACGUCUCGAGGACCGAAGGCUCGCAGGCGCGCGGGGCUGUACACCUUGACGGUGGACACGGCCUUCGACGACGUCUUGCUCGGCUGCGUGCGGCAGCACGGCGAGGGGUGGCUCUACCGGGGCGAGCGGUGGGUCCUGCGGACGCUGCGCCAGCGCGGGUACACCGGGAGCAGGGCCAGCGCGGAACGGCCGCGCGCAGCUUCGAACUGUGGGAUCAGGAGAUGGGGCAGCUAGUGGCGGGCGACCUGGGCUACACCCUGGGGGGCGUGUACGUCUCGCAGACGGGCUUCCGCAGGGAGGGCACGGCGGGAGCGGGCGAGGUGCAGCUCGUGCUCACAGCGGCGCUUCUGCACAAGAUGGGUCACUCGUGGUUCGACCUGGGGCAGGCGCGGACCUACAAGGACAGGCUGGGCGCGAGGAGGCACACGCGCCAGGAGUGGCUCCGGCGCUUCCACGCCGCGCGGGACGAGCCGUGCCGCCUCGAGCGCCAGGCCGCCGCCGCCCCCGGGGCCGAGCUGGUGGAGCACCUGGUGCGGGCCG